AUGGGCAACAGCACCACAGAGGGCUGGCAAAUUUGCUCAGAAGUGAGCCCUCUCGCCACCAACAAACACCCCAUUGGCCAGUCAGGCCAGCAAACAGAGACAAAAAUAGGCACCAGCGGUGCUCGACAAAGAAUGGCAAGUAGCAAACUUGUCGAGAGAUACGCUCACGGUCGCGAGCAAACAAGGGCAAACUGA